AUGAAAAUGUUUGAUUCAUAUCCAUUUGAACAUGAAUUAUUUAAAAAGAUCUCUCAACAUUUUCCUUUUCUCCGAAACUUAACUUUAGGUAAUUACACUGGACAAGACAAUAAACAACAUUCAUCUACAUUCAUUACAUUUCCACAUCUUGAACAUCUGGAUAUUACGUUUGUGCAUGCUGAUUAUGCUGAACAAUUUCUCUUUGAAAAAAGUACUCGUUUACCUCGUUUGCUGGAACUUCACAUUAGUUAUGAUACAUUAGCAAUAAUCACAAACAAUUUUACCAAUGAUUUAGCACGUGUCAAUUGUUCUGAAAUAAGACAUUUUGUUACAAAAGAAUUAUAUGUUCCUCCUAAAGAUUUUCAUUUGUAUUUUCCUUUGUUAGAAAUAUAG